GAAUAUCCAAUCUAUCUUGUUUUCUUAAUUUUUCACCAAUUUUUUCAAACUCCUCCCACCUGUGCGACAAAGCAGGGAACGAAAUAUGUACCGUGUCCGCUCCAAUGGCGUGAGGUGUACAGAGGGUGUCCCAUUCCUCCCGGGUCGGUUACAACAUCUCUAAAAUCUAAUAGUUGUGGAUCCCUUGAAUGUAAAUACUUGGGCAGAGUAAAAGCUCCUCAAGGGUAUACAAUUAUUGAAAUCGAUUCAAACUUCACUGUCAUCGAAUCACUCGCAGAAAUCUUUGGGAACGAGGAUAUCGAAAUUUUGAUCAAUCCGCUUAAUUGUACGAUGAAAUGGAUGUCAAUCGAGGAAAGUAGGGUCCCUGUAAAAUAUUUGGUCAAAAAUGGAAAGGAAGCCUAUAUUGGCGCUAUCAAGACCCAAAGUAAUGAAUAUGCCCCCUGUAAUUUGAUAUUUGGAUCGAAAACCAUAUGCCGGUCGUUAUUUCCGAUGGAUUCAAUCUCCUGGUCAGACACCUUCCUUUUGAAAUCAUACAUCAAACCUGUCCUCCAAAUAGAGCUGGAUCAUUUAGAAAUCCUAAAUCAAACGACGCAAAAUCACAUAACAAACAACAACGCAAACUGCGAAAAACUGAGCAACAAAGGAGACGCUGAUGUCUCCAAGAUUUUAACGCUUUCGACAGAAUCCUCCCAGAAGUUUAGGAUCGCGCUAGGAGCCGGAAUUAAUCUCGGGGUGGAUGGUCAAAUCGAGGUUGAAGGAGCAGUUACGGCCUUCUCUGUAAAACUUUUUUAUGGAUCAGUCAGUCUACAUUUGGGUCUAGAUUUAAGCCUGAAUAUUGGCGGGGAUUACUCACAAGAGGCAAAAACCACGGUUCUAACGACGCAAAUGAUUACCUUACCGGCGAAAACUGCGAUCGAAGCUUGUUCUCAGGUUGAGGAAAGAAAUGUGAAAAUAUACUUUGAAGCUGAGGCAAAAAUAUGGCAUUCAUUUUUAAGAGGGGAAGAUUUGUUGGGGAUAAUUGAGAAUGACGAUAGGUUCGCGGGACCGUUUGAAUUGGAUAGUGAUACUAUUAGGGUUAAACGUGUUGAAGGAUAUGCGAUGGUUACUCAGCCACUAAAUUCUGAAGUUGUGAUUGCGCCAUUAAAUUAUUUUGAAGCGCGAAGUUUAAAUUAAUUGAUCAGUAAUAAAUUAUGUCAAAAUUCA